AUGCAAACGUAUCAAACGUUUCUUUCGCACGCCUUGCAGACAAACCAACAAUACAAUGCAAGAUUGAGACUCAAUUGGAGACUCAAUUGCAUUCUCUUCGUCAUGGCCUUUCCUCUCCCCCGAGGCGUAACAGCCUCGGAGAUCGCCUUUCUCGCGGAGAUGGAAACCGUGACAGUGGUGCCCCGCCAGCGUCUGGAAGGCCUCGAGCUACUCGGAGGUCCCGUUGAACCUCUGGCUCCCCCACGUCGCGCAUCUCUCCCCCUCUGGCUCGCGCUGCUUCUCAAGCGCCAACGCCGCGCCAACAUUAUCCCACCAGCUUGGCUACACCCAGAACCAUUGAGCUUGAUCCUCGAUGUGGAAUCCCAGCAUCAAGACUACCAAAAUGCAUUCUCCCCGCCUCCACCCCUACCCGGACAACCCAGCGUCCUAGACCGCGACGCGACAGCCUCUGCUAAACCUCAAUAUACCCCAGAUGGCAAUCGGUACUACCCAGCACCGCCAUUCUUACCGCACAAUACGGCGCAGACAACAUCUUCGCGAGAUACACCCUCUCUGCCCUUCCAUUGGGUGGAAGUGGGAAGCCUACUACUCGACUCUGCGAGUGAUGAUCUCGUGGAUCCAGAUCAGAUCCGGAGACUGUUGAAAGAUUUGCGCGAAGUGCGGAUGUCAAAGAUGAGGUCUGGGGUAGAAGUGCUGGAUGAAGCGGCCACUGGCGGUGGUGGUGUUGCUCUGACAGGUGUCGGCUCCAUGGAACUGGGAGAAGAGCGCGGGUUCAUCACGGGAGUAGUGGAUGGUCUCAGGAGAAUUGGGUCUUCCAAAGAGCAAGCACGGCGGGAACAGAUGGCCGAGCAAAGGGCUGCUGGCGGGUAUGACGCGACGCAAGACGAGGAGGAGGAUUAUAUGGAGUUCUAA